AUGCUCUGCGUGCAGUCACCCAUCUCCCCCAUCACCACACUCUCACCCCUCUCGCCGCACUUUAGCGCGCGCUUCCGCCCCUCCACUCCCCGCUCCCCCCGCCCCUCACUCGCCACACUACCCAUUCUCUCCACAACCGCCGCCGCCGCCGCCGCCGCCGCCCCCUCCUCACCGUCUUCGGUGCUCGGCAAGCGCCCACGGUCAAGACCGACCACACCACACCAUCCCCCACGUCUUACCAUCAAUGGGCCCUCGCCCAUCAAGCGUUCUCGAUCUACUCAAGCCGAGCCAAUCGACGUCGACCUCCCGACUGUCGGCGUCGACUCCAGCCGCGCCAUUGCGUCCGAGUCGCUUGCUGCCCCCUCAACAACCCCUGCUCUCCACCUAUCCAAAGCUAGACUCCGUGGGCGCGGUCUCCUCCGUCUCAACAUACCUCUCACUGCCACCAUGACCCACGCCUCUUCAUCACCUUCCCCAGGAGGCAGCCACAUGUUGUCCAUCUCAACAACACCCAACGAGUCAACAUUGACCCCCGGACUUGUUCAGUCAAUGCAGGGCGUCCAUCUCUCGCCGCGCAAGGAGUCGGCGUUCGCGACGACGACGACGACGACGACAACGACGACUCCCUUUCCGCCCGUGCUGAGCUUGAAACGCUCAAAUCCAAAGGGGUUGUCUCUCUCCCUCGCCGCCUCAUUCCACAACACGGCCAGCAGUGACUCGACCCCAACUCCCUCGGUUACAUGCUCGACCGCCGUGUCGCCAAACCCUAUGGGGGGAGGAGAAACACCAAUGACGCCCGGCCCACCCCGCACCCCCGCGCUCAAGACGUCCUCGCUUGGUCGCGCAACCAUGAAGACGGGCAGGAGGCCGAGCCUGCUCAGUCUCAUCACCACCAAUGCUCCGCCCCUCGCACUCAAUGACCCAGCCGCCCUCGUACCCCCGACUCCCAGUAUCGCAUCCUACCCGUACGGCUCCUUGCGCAGCCGCGGGCACACUCGCAUGCGGAGCGCUGGCGCUCAGCUCGCUGCGUACGCCCACCAGACGGAGAUUGACCCUCGUGUCUCCCAGUCGGCUUACCCUGGGCCAAGGGGGUCCUUUGCCGUCAUCGACGAAAGGAGUUGCUCGACAACCGCACAUGCUGCGACUGCGGCCGCUGCUGCCGCUGCCGCUGCCGCUGCUGUCAGCACCAGUCCCAGCUCAAGCAUGCCAGGCAUGUCGCCUUCCACAUCCAACUCGUCCAACUCGGCGACUGACUCGGCAUCAAGUACGCCCUCAACAUCGCCGCCUCUUCAGAUCUCGAGCGAGGAGCGUGAGCUCACCUACCCCUCCCUGCUUGCUCUCGAGCCCUACUCGGACGGUCCCAUCGAGAUUAUCCCUGGCGUGUGGCUGGGCGCCGAGGACUCGGUGUGGCACUGGGACUCUUGGGCCCGCGGCAAGUCUUCUGUGGCUAUCGCCAAUGUUGCCCAGGAGAUUGAGAAUCCCUUUGACCCAAACACAUCGGUCGACACAUGGGACUGGCCAUCAAACGCCAGAGGCAAGCCCAAGAUUGCUCUGUCUGCGCACGAGAACGAGGGACAGCCCCGUGUCGAGUACGCCCACCUGCGCUGGUCGCACGGCGAGGGCGGCCUCGCAGACCUGCCCGACUCUGCCACGCUCGACGAGCUCGUCAACUCGCCGACGUACACGGGCGCUGACCGCGACCAGAACUGGCGCUUCUGGGAGGCCAUUCGCUGGCUUGAAAUCCGCCGCCGUGCAGGCAUGCCGGUGCUUAUUCACUGCCAGUGCGGCGUCUCGCGCUCUGCGACCCUCAUUGUGGCAUACGUCAUGACGCUCGCUGCGGCGGGCGUUGCGCCCCAGCGCAUCGGGCAUCUCAAGACCAUGCAGGACGCAUACGACUAUGUCAAGGGCAAGUCGCCAUGGAUUGGGCCAAACGUUUCGCUCGUCUUCCAGCUCGUCGAGUACGCACGCAACCUCUCCACUCUCCUCUCCGCCCACGUGAACGGAGGCGGCAAGAAGUGGGCUACGCAGUGGCCCACGCUUGUCGACAUUGAGAGCGAGGAUGCUUGGGCGGCGCGCCGCCGCGAGUUCGGCGACGAUAGCGAGGGCACCGAUGCCGAGGCACGGGCACUCGAUGAGGCCAUGGUGGCCCGUCUGCACGCCAGGGAGUAA